UUACGAGGCCUGCGCGGAGGCCGCGGCCUGGCUCCGGGCCCGCUUGAAGCAGGCGCCUGUCGUGGGCCUCGUGUGCGGCUCCGGCCUCGGGGCUUUGGGGCAGGAGCUGCGGGACCCGCAGAGCUUCGAUUACGGAGACAUCCCCCACUUCCCCCGCAGCACCGUUCAAGGCCACGCCGGGCGCCUCCUGGUGGGGACCCUGGGGGGCUGCCCCUGUGCGGUGCUGCAGGGCCGCUUCCACCUCUAUGAGGGCUACAGCCCCGCCCAGGUGGCGCUGCCGGUGCGCACUCUGGCCCUGCUCGGGGCCCACACCGUGGUCCUCACCAACGCCGCCGGGAGCCUUCGUGUGGGGCUGGAGCCGGGGCAGCUCCUGGUGCUCAGGGACCACAUCGACGUGCCCGGCAUGGCGGGAAAGAGCCCCAUGGCGGGACCCAAUGACCCCAGGUUCGGCCCCCGCUUCCCGGUGAUGGCCGGCGCCUACGACCCCGCCCUCCGGCGCCUCGCUCUGGCGCUGGCCCCGCCCCCUCUGCGCGCGCGCUCCGGCGUCUACUGCGGCGUGGGGGGGCCCUGCUACGAGACCCCCGCCGAGUGCGCGCUACUGCGCAUGCUCGGGGGGGACGCGGUCGGCAUGAGCACGGUGGCGGAGGCGGCGGCGGCGCGCCAUUGCGGCCUGCGGGUGCUGGGGCUGUCGCUCAUCACCAACGCGGCUGCGAGAGAGGAAGAGGAUGAGGAGGAAGAGCCGGAACACGCGAAGAACACGGGAGAACACGCUAAGGCCACGGGAGAACACGCUAAGGCCAUGGGUCACGAGGAGGUGCUGGAGGCGGCGCAGGCCGGGGCCCGGCACCUGGCUCAGCUGCUGGUGGCGUUGGCGCCGCGCUUGCAACACAUUUAGGACACGCUAAGGACACGCUAAGGACAUGUGAAGGACGCGAGGU